CUGCGCCAAAAUUAUAAACAAUAUUCAGUCGAUUUAUAAAAAAUAAAAUCUACUUCAUUAACGUUUUAAUUUGUUGCGUAUUUUUAGUUAUAAGUGGUUAGCAAAAACUAUGGCGAAUUUGAGUAAAUUUACAUUACUUGAUUAUGUCGUUUUUGGAGGUAUGCUUCUUAUUUCUUCAAUUAUUGGAGUUUAUUUUGGAUGCACAAAACAAAAAAGCAACGACAAAGACAAUUUAGUAGCCGAUCGAAAUGUAAAUUGGUUCCCAUUAUUCGUCUCAUUUUUUGCCACUUAUUUGUCGGCAAUAGCAAUAACAGGUAUGUCAUCGGAAGUGUUUACAUAUGGCAUACAAUAUGUAAAUAUUUGCUUUUCGUAUCCGUUAGUAAUUCUGGUAUGUGUUGUUAUUAUCCUACCUAUAAUGUACAAUCUGAAGGUAGUCAGUGCAAAUGAGUACUUAGAGAAACGAUUUUCACGUGGAGUACGAUUCUUGGGAUGUUUUCUUUUCUUAUUACAAUAUGUUUUGUAUGUGUCAAUAGUAUUGUACGCACCAAGUUUAGCAUUGGAAUCAGUUGCUAAAGUACCACUUUCUGCUACCAUUAUUAGUACUGGAGUAGUUUGCACUUUUUAUACUGCAUUAGGUGGCAUAAAAGCAGUUAUAUGGACCGAUGUAUUUCAAGCUGUAAUGAUGUUAGCAGGGUUGUUUGCUGUAUGCAUCAUUGGUGUUAUGGAAGUUGGUGGGCUUUCUAAGGUAUUUGAAAUAGCAGCCAAAGGAGAGAGACUAAUUUUUUUUGACUUUAAUCCAGAUCCAACGGUUCGAAGUACAUUUUGGACACUUACAAUUGGCGCAACUUUUAGCGCAAUGCCGGUGUGGACAAUUUGUCAACCUGCAGUUCAGCGUUUUCAAGCUGCAAAAAGUUUAACAGAAGCUAAGAAGGCUUUGCUCAUGAAUAUUCCAGCUCUCAUAUUCUUUAUUUGUUUGGUUUCUCUCUCUGGUCUUGUUGUUUAUGCUGUUUACCACGAUUGUAAUAUCGGAGUGCUUGGAAUCAAAGCAGUCAAUAGUAAUGAUCAAGUUCUUCCGUAUUUUAUCAUGGAAAAGUUAGGUAAAUUUAAAGGUGUUCCUGGUUUAUUUACAGCAUGUUUGUUCAGUGGUGCGUUGAGCUCAGCCUCCUCAGGCAUUAAUUCUAUGGCAGCUGUAGUUUUAGAAGAUAUUGUGAAGAAAAUAAAGCCAAAUAUCAGUAAUAAAGCAUCAACUGUGGUUUCAAAAACUAUAGUUUGUGUGCUGGGUAUCUUGGUAGUUGGGUUAGCAUUCCUAGUUAAGUAUUUUGGUUCAAUGGUGAUGCAGCUUGCGUUCAGUAUCAGCGGUAUUGUUGGAGGACCAUACUGUGGAUUGUUCCUUCUUGGUAUGAUGGUGCCAUUUUCUAAUUCAAAGGGAGCAUAUUUUGGAGUUUUUAUUGGAUGUUCUGCAACAUUUUGGUUAGCAAUUGGCUCAUUUUUUUAUCCACCAAACAAAGGAGAAGCUGUUGUGCAUGUUUAUAAAUGUUUUGAAUUCAAUAUUACAAAUGCAACAAUGGAUUGGCAACGAGGUAGUGGCAUCAUCCGGCCUAGUUAUAAAGAACCAGACAUAAGUUCAUCGCUUGCAGCAUGGUAUUCCAUAUCUUACCUUUGGUAUGCAGCUAUUGGAGUUAGUUUUACUAUUGUUGCUGGUUCCAUUUUCUCUUCUCUAUUUAAAUGGAUAUUACCAACUGAAGUAAGAAAAGUUGACAAAGAUCUUUUGUUUAACUACCGCGCUUUCCUGAACUCACUUACUUCCUGCUGUAUUAAGAAAAAUAAAUGGGCGUUGGGGAACAUAUAUCUAGAUGAAAAUAUCAACUCGAUUCCGAUGAACUCGUCAUCCUCAAAGCUGUGUGUCGAUAAUUGAAUAAAAGUUUAGUUCGAACAGAAUUAGAUUUUUAGCUUAGGAAAAGGCUAGCUGAAUAAUUUUCACAGCUGGCUAACUCACUUCAUAUAAGAUUAUAAUUUACGACGUUAGUUAGGUUUUAACCUCUGUUAAACAAAUUGAAAUAAAUUUAUUUUAGGCAAUGGA